AUGCAACAAAUCAAGAAGAACAAGAACAACAACAGUUCAGUUUAUUUCUCACUACAAACAACCAAAAACAACAUAAUGUCUGCUGCUCCAGCUCCAGUUAUCCCAAAGACCCAAAAGGGUGUUGUCUUCAACGAAAGCAACGGUCCAUUGGAAUACAAAGAAAUUCCAGUCCCAACCCCAAAGCCAAAUGAAAUCUUGAUUCACGUCAGAUACUCUGGUGUCUGUCACACCGAUUUGCACGCCUGGAAGGGUGACUGGCCAUUGCCAACUAAGUUGCCAUUGGUCGGUGGUCACGAAGGUGCUGGUGAAGUCAUUGCCCUAGGUUCUAACGUCAAGAACUGGAAGGUCGGUGACUUGGCCGGUAUCAAAUGGUUGAACGGUUCAUGUAUGUCCUGUGAAUCUUGUGAACAAUCUAACGAAUCCAACUGUCCAGAUGCUGACCUUUCCGGUUACACUCACGACGGUUCUUUCCAACAAUACGCUACCGCUGACGCCGUCCAAGCUGCUCACAUCCCACCAGGAACUGAUCUAGCUGAAGUUGCUCCAGUUCUAUGUGCUGGUAUCACUGUCUACAAGGCUUUGAAGAGUGCUAACUUGAAGGCCGGCCAAUGGGUUGCCAUCUCUGGUGCUGCUGGUGGUCUAGGUUCUCUAGCCGUCCAAUUCGCCAAGGCUAUGGGUCUAAGAGUUGUCGGUAUUGACGGUGGUCCAGGUAAGGAAGAAUUGUUCAAGACCUUGGGUGGUGAAGUUUUCAUCGACUUCCAAAAGGAAAGUGACAUUGUUGGUGCCGUUGUCAACGCUACUAACGGUGGUGCUCACGGUGUUGUCAACGUUUCCGUCAGUGAAGGUGCUAUCUCUGCUUCUACCAAGUACGUUAGAGCUUGUGGUACUUCUGUUCUUGUCGGUAUGCCAGCAGGUGCUGUCUGCAAGUCCGAAGUUUUCGACCAAGUCGUUAGAUCUACCAAGAUUGUCGGUUCUUACGUCGGUAACAGAGCUGACACCAGAGAAGCUCUAGAUUUCUUCGCUCGUGGUUUGGUCCAUGCUCCAAUCAACGUGGUCCCAUUGUCCACUUUGCCAGAAAUCUUCGAGAAGAUGGAAAAGGGACAAAUCAUCGGUAGAUACGUCGUUGACACCUCCAAAUAA